GGUAAUUUAGAAAGGAUGAAUUCUAGAGAAAAUCUCUUGAAGACACGUUCUGUAGAAAAUCGUGACAGCAAAACCUCUGAGAUUCGCAACAUAGACCAAAGACGAUCAUCUCCAAAACGCUUGGAAAGGGUGAAUUCUAGAGUAAGUCCCCUCCAAAGACGUACUAUUACAAAUCAAGAUCGCCGUGUAACUCAUCCUACAGAUCGUUUGGAAAUCCAAAACAAUCGCAAAUUAACCGAUCGGUCUGCAAGGGAAGAUCGCACACGAGACCAAUCUCAAAGAGAAACUCGACAGUUCAACCUUGAACGUCGUGACCAAAGGUUCUCUGAAAGACAGGACCGUCUCUCGAACACAAUCAAAACUACCGAUCGUCUACAAAGAACUUCCGAAGACAGAAUUUCUUUGCAAAGACGUGAAGGAAAAACUGCUGAACGAAGAGCUUCCGAAACUCGUAACUUUUCAAGAGAAAAUCGUUUGAUCGAUAACCGUCAGUUAUCUAGAAGUGACUCCACUAGAUACAUCCAAGACAAUAUUAACUCCAGGGAUAUUCGGCUAACCCAUAGAACAAAUUCCGCUAGGGAUAUUAAAGAAAAUUCCAGGAGAGAAAUUACUGACAGGUACAAUCCACUUACGGCAGACUCUAGACGAUAUUUCGAAAAAAUUGUUUCUCAAAGGACAACAAGGGACUCCGUGAGGAAUACAGAAACACCAGCUCUAGGUUUAGAAAGGAAUAUUAAUAAUAAUGAUGCAUACACAUGGAUUAAUACCGCCAAAAUCAUUCUAGCUGCUUUCUUAGUAGGGCAGAUUUUCGUCAACUCUUCCAAAGCUAACAGAUUCAGAUUCCAUAACAUGUUGUCUGUGGUCACUUCUAUCAAGGAAAAGCUACACUAAAUGUGGAUAGAGGAAGAAACAUUUAUUUUUUUAUGACAGUCUUUACAUUGACGACAAACGCUAUGCUCCAAGGUACCUUCUGUAGUCUAGUAGAAACAUAUGGUAAUAUCACUUAGUCAUAGUUUACUGAUUAUAUUAAAUAUAAACAAAUGUAUGAUCAUACCGACUGCGAAUUCUAUCAAAA